GUGCAUUAGUCUUACCAACAGACUAUGGUGCACGCUACGAGCUUUCUCGUCUUGUUGUUGAUAAUCGCAAUCCCGUCGAAUGCCCAAGUUACUCAGUCCGUGAUCUCAAAGCUUCCAAAAGCUGAAUUCGACGCAUGUGUGAAGCGUUGCGGUGAUCAACAUGAACGGUGUUCGAGUGCGGUCAAAGAUUUGUGGUUAAAUUUCAAGAAAAACAAGAAGAAAAUUAUGAACGUGAUCGUAAAAUGUUGUCUUGCUGGUGAAUCGGAUCGCACCAAACCAGCGUCGACCAGCUUCGCGACAUGUGUGCGGGAUAACUGCAGGGCUCAAAUGUGGGGAUGCAACAUUAAGAAACGCCACACAGGAUUCUUAUCCGAGGAUGAAAAGAAGACGAUUAUCGAGAAGGAGAGGGAGAGAGAUCAAAAAUCUCACCAAAUGUGAAGAUCAUUCCGUUCAAUAUCACCAUAUUAUAUAACGUAAUCUACCAUUUGCGAAAUACACUUUCUAUAACACCGACAAUUGGGCAGUUUACUUGGUGAAUUUUCACGCCAGCUUCAUGUGUAAAUCAUUGAAGAAUGAUAGUUAAAAUGGUUACUUA